AUGGCAAUGCUUGUCCAAACCGCGGCCGAAUUGUGCAUCGGACUUUUGCCGCCAGCUGGCUCGUCUCGUGGACUGUCCGAUUCUUCCCUGCCGGCGGAGCCUCAAUCCUUCGGAUGCCUGUUUAUCGUAGCCCAGAGCCUGGGCAUACAUUCGGCCUCUGUAUACGUGACGCAUGCCGAUUGCAUAAUUGCGAGCGAGAUGCUAUGCCGACUUCCGGAUCUUCAACAGAAGUGCGAAGUCGGUGGUCCUAGAAGGAUGUGGGAGGUACCACUAGACGCCAGGCUUUUCAGCUCACGUCAGCAACUCAAUUAUCGGAGGACACAUUGUCCACGGUGUGACACUGUAUUACUAUCUUCCUAUGUUCCGCAAUCACUGAACGACGGUGUUAUCCAAGACCCCUAUGCCUUCGGUCUCUCCGUGUGGUGCAGGCGAGCAGUGACUGCCAUGAUCUAUCAUCACAUGGUAGUCAGUAAACGGUUUGAUAACGGAAACAAGAGUACUACAUGGCUAGCAAAGGGUAUCGUCGACUGCUAUGAGUUAAAAAUGGUUGCGACACUCAUGCCAGUCAUGUUAAUAUCAAGCACAGCUCCUCGCGCCUUACUCCGUCGACCCUCACGCCACGAUCCUGAUACAUCGCACUUGAGUCAAGUCAACCAAAACCAAGACUUAAAGGAGGGCUGGCGACUUCUCAUGCCUUUCUGCUCUAAACCGAGUUUGCGCAAACAAUAUUCUAAAGUUCAUCCUAGAUUCCACAGAAGAUGA